AUGGAUUCUCCAGGGAAGAAUGAGAGGCAUGAGAAAGAAGAGAAGAAGAAGAAGUCCGCAGAUUCAGUAUUCACAAUUUUCAGAUAUGCUGAUUGGGUUGAUGUUGUGCUAAUGGUUUUCGGAACCAUCGGAGCUAUCGGAGAUGGCAUGUCUACUAACUGUUUGCUGCUCUUUGCUAGCCGUCUUAUGAACAACUUGGGGUACGGUCAGAAUCAGAUGCAACAGAAUAAUAAUCAUGGGAACUGGAUGGACGAGGUUGAAAAGUGCAGUUUAUACUUUGUAUACUUGGGAUUAGCAGUAAUGCUGGUGGCUUUUUUGGAAGGUUAUUGUUGGAGCAAAACCAGCGAGAGGCAGGUGCUGAAGAUUCGUUACAAGUACUUGGAAGCUGUUCUUAGACAAGAAGUUGGGUUUUUCGAUUCACAGGAAGCAACUACUUCGGAGGUGAUCAACAGUAUAUCCAAAGAUACGUCUCAUUUACAGGAAGUUCUGAGUGAAAAGGUGCCGAUAUUUUUUAUGCACACGUCAGUGUUCGUCUCAGGGCUUGUUUUCUCCACUUUCAUGUCUUGGAGACUGUCCUUAGUCGCAUUUCCAACACUACUUCUCCUGAUCAUACCGGGAAUGAUCUAUGGAAAAUACCUUCUUUAUUUGUCUAAACAGUCAUACAUGGAGUAUGGAAAAGCAAACACCAUUGUGGAGCAAGCUCUGAGCUCCAUUAAAACAGUCUAUUCAUUCACAGCUGAGAGGACAAUUGUGGAGAGGUACUCAGCAAUAUUGGAGAGAACAAGCAGGCUGGGGAUCAAGCAAGGGAUUGCAAAAGGUCUUGCCGUAGGAAGCACAGGGCUGUCAUUUGCAAUAUGGGCAUUUCUGGCUUGGUAUGGUAGCCAUUUGGUGAUGUAUAGAGGCGAAAGUGGUGGUCGAAUCUAUGCUGCUGGCAUCUCCUUCGUAUUGAGUGGACUAUCCUUGGGAAUGGCACUUCCAGAUUUGAGGCACUUCACAGAAGCUUCCAUUGCUGCAUCACGCAUAUUUGAUAGGAUUGACCGAAAACCAUUGAUUGAUGGUGAAGACACAAAAGGAAUUGUGUUGAACAACAUUAGAGGUGAACUCGAAUUCAUAGAUGUCAGAUUCACAUACCCUUCUCGUCCGGAUUCCAUUGUCCUCAAAGAUUUCAAUCUCAAAGUUGAAGCAGGGAAAACAAUUGCACUAGUUGGAGCCAGUGGAAGUGGCAAAUCCACAGCAAUUGCAUUGGUGCAACGCUUUUAUGAUGCAGAUUGUGGAGUUGUUCGGAUUGAUGGUGUCGAUAUAAAGACACUUCAAUUGAAGUGGAUAAGAUCGAAAAUGGGACUUGUUAGUCAAGAACAUGCCUUAUUUGGUACAUCAAUAAAGGAAAAUAUCAUGUUUGGGAAGCUUGAUGCCAAUAUGGAUGAAGUCACAGCUGCAGCCAUGGCUGCCAAUGCUCACAAUUUCAUAAGGCAGCUUCCUGAAGGGUAUGAAACCAAGAUUGGAGAGCGAGGAUCACUUUUAUCUGGGGGACAAAAGCAGCGGAUAGCCAUUGCUAGAGCAAUUAUCAAGAACCCUAUAAUUCUCUUACUAGAUGAAGCAACAAGUGCUCUUGAUUCUGAGUCAGAGACACUGGUCCAAAAUGCUCUUGACCAAGCCUCCAUGGGAAGAACCACAUUGGUGGUAGCUCACAAGCUUUCUACAGUUCGAAAUGCUGACCUCAUUGCGGUGGUCAGUGGAGGUUGCAUUAUCGAAAUAGGUUCGCACAACGACCUUAUCAACCGUCAAAAUGGGCAGUAUGCAAAGCUAGCAAAGAUGCAGAGGCAGUUCAGCACCUUUGAUAAUGUAGACCAAGACCAGAAUUCUGAUACACGCUUGUCUUCGGUUGCAAGAAGUAGUGCUGGCAGGUUAAGCACAGCAAGAUCAAGCCCUGCAAUGUUUGCAAAAUCACCACUAGCAAUUGAGACCCCACAAUCUGCAGUACUGUCUCAUCCCCCAACUUCCUUCUACCGCCUUCUCUCUUUAAACUCCCCUGAAUGGAAGCAAGGCCUAAUUGGAAGCCUCUCGGCGAUAGCCUUUGGCUCAGUCCAACCUAUCUAUGCCCUCACUGUGGGGGGCAUGAUUUCAGCUUUCUUUGUGCAAAGCCAUGAGGAAAUGCGUGCAAGAAUUCGAACAUAUUCAUUGAUUUUCUCUGCACUUUCCUUGGUCUCCAUGACAUUGAAUCUUUUGCAACAUUACAAUUUUGCUUAUAUGGGUGAGCAGCUAACUAAAAGAAUCCGAUUGAAAAUGCUACAAAAGAUCUUGACCUUUGAGACAGCUUGGUUUGAUGAGGAGCACAACACAAGCGGGCAAUUGUGUUCAAGAUUGAGCAAUGAGGCUUCCAUGGUGAAGUCGCUUGUGGCAGACAGGGUCUCUUUGUUGGUCCAAACCACUUCAGCCGUCACAAUUGCUAUGAUAUUGGGACUAAUUGUGGCUUGGAAGCUAGCACUUGUUAUGAUUGCGGUCCAACCACUCACAAUUCUUUGCUUCUACACCAAGAAAGUGUUGCUCUCUAGCCUUUCAGCCAAUUUUGUCAAGGCACAAAACCAUAGCACCCAAAUUGCAGUAGAAGCUGUCUAUAACCAUAGAAUUGUGACUUCAUUUGGAAGUGUAGGGAAAGUGCUACAAAUAUUUGACAAAGCUCAAGAGGCGCCGAGAAAAGAGGCAAGGAAGAAGGCAUGGCUGGCUGGGAUUGGAAUGGGGUCAGCUCAGUGCUUAACAUUUAUGUCAUGGGCAUUGGACUUUUGGUAUGGUGGUAAACUAGUCAAAAUGGGACAAAUAUCAGCUGGGGAUGUGUUCAAAACAUUUUUCAUAUUGGUUAGUACUGGUAAGGUUAUAGCAGAAGCUGGGAGUAUGACUUCUGAUUUAGCCAAGGGUGCUACUGCAGUUGCAUCUGUGUUUGAGAUUCUUGACAGGCAUUCACUGAUACCAGGGUCACAUAAUGUUGGCUAUGAAGAUGGUACUAGUGGAAUCAAGUUAGAGAAAGUAGCAGGCAAGAUAGAAAUGAGGAAAGUUGACUUUGCAUAUCCAAGCAGGCCAGAGACCCUAGUGUUGCGGCAGUUUAGCUUGGAGGUCAAGGCAGGCACAAGCAUUGGACUUGUUGGGAAAAGUGGGUGCGGUAAAUCAACUGUCAUUGGACUGAUACAAAGGUUUUAUGAUGUUGAGAGGGGGUCAGUGAAGGUAGAUGGAGUUGAUAUAAGGGAGCUAGAUGUUCAAUGGUAUAGGAAGCACACUGCCCUUGUUAGCCAAGAACCAGUGAUAUAUUCAGGCACCAUCCGCGAUAACAUAAUGUUUGGGAAACUUGAUGCUUCAGAAAAUGAGGUAGCAGAGGCUGCCAGAGCUGCCAACGCUCACGAAUUCAUCUCAGCCUUGAAAGAAGGAUAUGAGACAGAAUGUGGUGAAAGAGGAGUGCAGCUAUCAGGAGGGCAAAAGCAAAGAAUAGCAAUUGCAAGAGCAAUACUUAGGAACCCUACAAUACUAUUGCUAGAUGAGGCAACAAGUGCUCUUGAUGUGCAAUCAGAGCACCUUGUGCAGGAAGCACUGGACCGAAUCAUGGUUGGAAGAACCACAAUUGUGAUAGCACAUCGACUUAACACCAUAAAAAACCUCGAGAUGAUUGCCUUUGUCGAAGAUGGGAAGGUUAUAGAGAAAGGCACUUUUGCUCAGCUCAAGCACAAGCGCGGUGCCUUCUUCAACCUUGCUAGCUGUCAAACUUAA